AUGAAUAGCAACAUAGAAAAUGAAGAGGCUUUCAGCGAUGACUGCGACUUAUCCAUAAAAAAACUGGCCGAAAUGGAUGAAAGUGAUGUUGAAAAUAAGGAUGACUACAAGAGGGGGGGCUAUCAUCCCGUGAAAAUCGGUGAUGUAUUUCGAAGUCGGUACAAGGUCUUGAAGAAACUUGGUUGGGGAUUCUUCUCCACAGUCUGGCUCUGUUGGGAUAUGAUGGGGAAGCGAUUCGUUGCUCUAAAGAUAGUAAAAGCUGACAGAAGUUUUACUAAAACAGCCAAUCAAGAAAUCAACAUUUUAAGACAUGUUCAACAAUUUGACGCCAUGAACCCUAACUGGAUUAAAAUAGUGCAGCUCUUAAAAUAUUUUAAAAUAAAGGGUCAGAAUGGCAUACAUACGUGUAUGGUGUUUGAGGUAGUAAGACCUAAUUUAUUGAAGUUAAUCAUUAAUUCUUAUUAUCAGGGUAUACCGCUGGCGAAUGUACGUUCUAUUAUGAGGCAAGUCUUAGAGGGCCUUGAUUAUUUACAUAAAACAUGUGAAGUAAUUCACAAAGAUAUCAAGCCAGAGAAUAUUCUGAUCUGUGUAAAUGAUGAAUACAUUAGAAAACUAGCAGGUGGAACUGUUGAAGAAUUUCAGUCAGAAGUAUUAUUGUCUUCAUCUUCCACCAACAAUACAAGGAAAAGGAAAUUGGAAUACAACACUGAAUUUUCCAAUGUUCCAAAGAGGAGUAUGCCAGAAUUAAGAGAACAAUCCUCAUUUACUUAUAAAAGUAAAAGUACUUACUUAAGUGAUAAUAAUAUGAAUAGAUAUAGUCCACAAUAUUCUUUGGAAUUACAAAAUCAAUUCCAAAUGGACUUAAAUCCAGCAAUUGUGGAGUGUAAAUUAGAUGUGAAAAUUGUUGAUCUAGGUAACAGUUGCAGAGUGGGCAGCCCCUUACCUAAGAUAAUUCAAACCAGAGAGUACAGAGCGCCAGAAGUCCUAAUAGGAGCUGGCUAUAAUACAACGGCUGAUAUUUGGAGUGCAGCAUGUCUGGCUUUUGAACUAGCUACAUGUAGUUAUCUGUUUAAACCCAUGAGUUGUAAAUAUUAUUCCAAGGAUGACGACCAUCUUCCUCAAAUCGUCAAGUUACUAGGUAACAUACCACCCGAGGUUAUACGGAGUGGCCAAUAUUCACCAAAGUUUUUCGACGAAUACAAUCAAGGGCGUAAGAAGAAACCUACGAGGUUCAUCAAUUUGGAAUAUACUCUGACGGAUAAGUUCCAUUGGAAUCGUGAAGAAGCUCAAAAAUUUGCCUCAUUCUUGAAACCGAUGCUUGAAUUGGACCAGAAGAAGGUCUCGGCAGCCGAAUGUCUUCAACACUCCUGGCUUAAUAAAUAA